UAUUGCAAUACUGUUUCAUGAACGAAACGAAAGUGCUUGUGAUGAGCAAAGACGAUUAAAAAAAGUGUCGAUAGGUCAAUAUUCCGCAGAAAUUAGCCAGAAUCUUCAGGUAUCUACAAAAUAUAAUAAAUAACCACCCUCGCAUGUGAGGGUACUAUGUGGUGGUGCUGUUCUUCUUCCGCUAGUUCAGGACCGAUGGCUGCGAUACGAAAGAAAUUAGUGAUCGUCGGUGACGGCGCUUGUGGUAAAACAUGCCUAUUGAUCGUGUUCAGUAAAGAUCAGUUCCCGGAAGUGUAUGUGCCGACAGUGUUCGAAAACUACGUCGCCGAUAUCGAAGUGGACGGCAAGCAAGUGGAGCUCGCGCUGUGGGACACGGCCGGCCAGGAGGACUACGACCGGCUGCGGCCGCUCUCCUACCCCGACACGGACGUCAUCCUCAUGUGUUUCUCCGUGGACUCGCCCGACUCCCUCGAGAACAUCCCCGAGAAGUGGACGCCCGAAGUGAAGCAUUUCUGCCCCAACGUGCCCAUCAUCCUCGUGGGCAACAAGAAGGACCUGCGAAACGACCCGGCCACCAUCAACGAGCUGCGCAAGAUGAAGCAGGAGCCCGUGAAGCCGCAGGAGGGCCGCGCCAUGGCCGAGAAGAUCAACGCCUUCGCGUACCUGGAGUGUUCGGCCAAGAGCAAGGAGGGCGUGCGCGAGGUGUUCGAGACGGCCACGCGCGCCGCGCUGCAGGUCAAGAAGAAGAAGAAGACCCGGUGUUCCCUGCUGUAGAGGCGAGGCCUGCCUGACCGGACUCUGCAGUGCGACGCCACACAGUGCUUCCUUCAUACUGACGCUGUCGCGAGUCGCGCCGCGUAGCACGCACACCCACUCAGUAUUCGUGUGGCUCUACUUUCACAAUU